CCGAUACGGCGUAUAAAACGGCGUCGGCGUCGGCGCGUCUUGUCAGUACCGCCGUCGCCGCAAUGUUCCGCCAACGCUCGUUACUAUUCGCCGCCUUGCUCGCCGUACAAGGCGUAAAUAAGACUGUAUCAGCCAACAAAUUCACCCCGAAAGUGCCAGAAGAUUGCCUCAAAAUGGGUUUCUGCGAGGACGUGCCAGACUACCCUACAGCGCACGUGGACAACCUCAUCAAACAGCUAGGAAGUCAAAUCGACAAGUACAAGGUCCAGAUUGACGCGACAACCGUGCUGUCUAGGAACGGCGUGGAGGAUCUCUGCGCGUCCAACCACAGGACUAUAGUCCCGAUGGCUGCUCCGGAUAAGGAUGGACAGUGGCAUUACGUUGUGAACCAAAAGAGUCGCCCUUUGCAGAGCUUCAUUGUUGAGGUAUGCGCUAGCCCCGGUGCUGCCUGCUCCAACGUGGCCGUUUUUCACACCGGCUACGACGCUAGCUGCAAACAGAAGUUCAUCUACCGCAACGCGCCGAGUUUGGGCGGAGGCGGCGAGAUGGUCGAAAAGCAGUUAAUGUUCCCCAGUUCCUGCGCAUGCCAGUUCGGACAGACUGAUGCUUGAGCGUAGUCUAUUGGCCUUUUGUUUUAUUUUUGUGUGUAAUUUCGAUUGUAUAACGAAGAAAAUAAAACUUGUUAUUGACAUAGA